AUGAUUAUUCUUGAUGAAGCUAAUGCCAUUAUACGUCAAAUAUCUAGUAAUACAAAUGCACGGAAAUCUGAGAAUGCAAUAUGUAAUAUAUUAAGAUCUGUGAGACAUGUUUUGGUCAUAAAUCCUUUUGCAAAUACAUCAACACUAACUUUUCUUCAGACUUAUCGUGGUGAAAAUAUUCACACAGUUGAUAAUAAGUAUCAACCUCGUAUAGGAUAUGAUCUUUUGAAACAGGGCAAAUGUGUAGCAUUCGUAAUUACCAGAGCAGUAAUGGAUAGAGCGCUAGUAAAAAAGGCAUCUAAGCUAACAAAAUCUGAUAACUCACAUAUCAGAGCUCCCUACACAAACACAAUGGAGGCGGAAAUAUCAUUUAAGGUUACAAGCUACUUUGAUAUAGUUAUAGCUAUUACAAACAUUACUACUCCAGUUUAUGUUAAGACUCUUACACAAAUGCUUUAUCAAAUUCAUGACUCAGAACUUGAAAGUACUCGACCUAAUAAUUUGCCUACAGCAAUAAAGGAUCACUGUGAAUGGGAUAGUAAUAUCAUUUCUUAUAAAAUUAAUAAAUCCCUGACUGUGAUAAUAUUUAUUGAAGUUGAGCAACAGAAAUGCCUUUUUGCAAGAUAUUUUAUUGAGAAGCUUUGUAGUCUUAUAGUCAGUACUGAAAUGGAUUUUAAUGCAAUUGCUACUUUUCAGAAUCUUAGUCCUAAAAAAGCUGAAAUUCUUAAGUUUGAUCAGGAGCAUUUUAUAGCAGAUACUAUGGCACUUAAACGUUUUUAUUUGCAAAAUUUUUAUGAUGGUAAAGACAUAAAUAUCGAUGAUUGGAAUAAUCUCUGCAAUAGAAAAAUUGUGAAAUAUUUUAGCCCGCUUGAACCUCAAAAAUAUUUCUUAUAUUUAUCUCAAUUUCAGAGGCAUGGCUAUGAUGAAGAGAGUGAAAUAGAAGGGUUAAAAGCAGAGAAUACUACAUAA